AUGAACGACAACACUUCAACACUGUUCUCUGCUGAUGAGGUCAUUGCACCUGGUAAAUUCCCUCAGUACAUGCAGUUGCCCUCGCCAGUGUACUUCGUGCGGUGGGUGGACGACCACCACGCCAUUAUUGGCGCCGGCGGUGGCGGGAGACGGUUUGGAAUGGUCAACUUUCUCGCGCUUAUUUCAGUGGACACCACGCAGCAGCUGUGCGAGGCACCUUCGGGUAAGAAGCCACAAGUGCAGCUGCCACAAAAGGACCCACCACCCCCUCCGCAUCCAUGGAAGUUUGUUACGGCCAUUGACUUGGAGAGGGACAUACCAUGGUGUGCUUCUACCUUUGUGGUUUGCACCGAUGCGGCAGAGCUUGCGCGUGGUGUGGUGGGGCAUCUUGCGGUAAGUCACAUCACAUGCUUCACACUUGUUGAGGUGUAUCAAUGUUGCAAGACAAACAGUCUGGCGAUGCGGAGGCGUGCAUGUAUUGCGGUACCGUCAGACACAAAAAACCCUGACAAGAAGCCAAUUGCUCUUGUACAAGGGACCCUGGUUGUUGCACACGACGAAGGUGGGGUGCAGGUCUACAGCUUACACUCCCUUCUGCAACGUGUGCAGUCGCCAGAGGAGGAACAAGGAAUACGGAGGAAAGUCGAGACGAAUACCAAAACCCAGAAUGCAAGUCCCGCUGCAUCGGUGUAUGGUGAGGAACAACAUGCCGUCGUGGAAACACCAGGAAUAAUACGGGAGGCAGAACCUCUUGCUGUCUGGUCACUGCCUGCGCGUCUGAACGACCUUCACGCCAACCGAUUUUUUGUGCCUAAAAAAGGAAACGGAAGGGAGAAGUCGGGGAUGCGACCACACUCCGAUUACUUACUCAUUGUAGCCCUCGUCCAGGAUAAGACGCUUCGACUCGCAACAAUGAAGCUCUCUCGGAGAACCUCCGCCAUUGAUAAGGAGGGGAAUAAAAAUGUUAAUGGGCACACUAUAACCCAUCUUGUGGAUGCGUGUAUGUUUACUGGGAAGGACUGUCACAUUUCCUUCCCACUAAUGAAAUCUUCUAUGAGAUUAGUACAGAUAUUUGGGGUGGAAGAUGUGACUCCAACCAAGGCGGAGGAGUCUUGGAUGGAGGCACGCCGUCUACACUGCGAAACGGGUAUUCGAGGAACAAUGCCCAUUGCUAGUUUUAUUGUUGUGGUCUACGAUGUGUUGGGAAAUCACUCCUGCAUGUUAACGGCUCGAGUGUCCAGCACAGCCGCUGCUGCAAGUCGAGAUGCACUGUCCAAGGACUCUGAGACAGUCACCAAUGACGCCAAGAAACCUUCUAGGCAGCUUAAACUUCAAGUGUGCUUCGCCCCCCAGCCUUCACCUCUGAUAAACGAAGGUGUCACUUCAGUCAGCGCAUGCCACUACCGCGGAAGAUGCAAUGACUGCAACGCUUUAAAUGGGGAAGGAGUCGGAACUAACCUUCCUUCUCACUGGUUGGCCGGCACAGUGGAGGGCACCAUUCUAUCGCUGCUCUACACUGGUGAAGGCAGGUUUCAGACCCUGUCGAUUCGGCCGUCUAAAAGCAAAAGAGAAGCCGCACGAUUUCCAGCUUUGCAUCGCGAACCGAUUUCUUGCGUAGCAGUAUCAAAACAAAACGAUGUUUUGACGACGGAUAUAGCGCAGAAUGUAGUAGUGUCGGUGCUUCCACUUUGUCAGGGGUCAACCAUGAACCCAGCGCUUAGUGAGAGCAGGGGACAUUGUUUAGCGAAAGUCGAUGGGGCCGUGACGCGUGCGGCAGGUGCUGCAGUAACGGAGGUGGAGGACCUCACUUCUUUUGCAAACGACGGGAGGGAACUGGCCGUACAGCCGAAGUGCGUGGCUCUUUCACUUUUCCCAUCAGGUCAAAGGUCCAAGCCGUCGCUGUUGUCUCCACUCGGAUACACUGCCAUUUUGAGCGCAGGGCUGCUGGCGGUUGCAGUGGUCGCGCUGCUGAUGGCCAUGCUGGUGGCGUACUGGUUAUCCUAG